AUGUCUUCCAUCAUCAACAAGGUCAAGGAGGCUCUGCACUCCGACAAGGACAACCAGGACGCUCACACUCAAAACACCACCGGCACGCACAGCUCUCACGACGGCCGCACAACUGGCCUGCACUCGGGAGCUGCUGGCACUGCUGGCACUACUGGCUACAACACCACCGGUGCUGGCGGUGCUACCUCCGGCCUCGCUACCGGCCCGGCCUCGGGCACUGCUGGCCCUCACUCCUCCAACAUUGCCAACAAGGCCGACCCUCGUGUCGACUCUGACCUAGACAGCCGCAACCGCGUUGGCGGUGUUGGUGGUGUUGGUCACUCUGGUGCCACCCACGGCCACUCUACUGGCCCUGCUUCCAACACUGCUGGCCCUCACUCCUCCAACAUUGCCAACAAGGCUGAUCCCCGCAUCGACUCCGACCUGGACAGCCACAACCGCGCCGGCGCCAUCGGCAGCGGCCCCGGACCGGCCUCCAACACUGCCGGUCCCCACUCCUCCAACCUCGCCAAUAAGGCCGACCCCCGUGUCGACUCUGACCUCGACGGCCGCGCUGGUGGCUACAACACCCGCAGCUCUGCCGCCGCUGCUGGCACCACUGGAGGUGCUAUUGGUAGCCAUGGUGUCCAUGGACAGCAGUACAACACUACCGGCAACAGCGGGUUGACCGGCAACAGUGGUUUCGACAACACCACCGGCGCUGGCACCGGUUUCGGUAACAGCAACACCCUCGGUGGCACUGGUACUCACGGUGCCGAUCCUCUCCACUCUCACGUCGGCACUCACAACACAUCCGGCAUUGCUGGCACUACCGGCCACACCGGCCCUCACGGAACCGGUUCCCACAACACCACUGGCGUUGCUGGCACUCAUGGCACGCACGGUACCACUGGCGUUGCUGGUACUCACGGUACUUCUGGUCACCACAACACCACUGGCCAGCACAACACCACUGGCCAGCACGGUACCACUGGAGUUGGUGCCGAUGGCCUGAACACCACCCCCGGCCCCGCCCCCAACACUGCCGGCCCUCACAAGUCCGACAUGCUCAACAAGAUCGAUCCUCGCGUCGACAGCAACCUCGACGGCAGCAAGACCGUUGGCGGCAACAACACGUACGCCCGCUCCUAA